CUCAGUUUGAGUAGCAGAGGAUUUCUUGUUGAAAAUCAAUCUCAAGGUGAUCCAAACACUCAAUCGGAAGUAAUCAUACUCAAAGGACAGUGUUUCGAAACUAUUUAUGCUUUUCUUGAUAAAGCAAGUCCAGCUUACAGAGUUGCAUUUGUUCAAGACAUUUCAAAAAAACUGAACGCAAUUAGUGAAGGAUAAUGGCUGAAAACAAAGAAACCAUAAAAGAUCGACUUCGAAGCCUCCUCAACUUAAACAAAGGUGGUGCAGUGUCUAAAACUGCCCCUUCUACCACUAACAAGUCGGCAAUAAUAUCUGAUGAGUUCUGGUUAGACAUUGGAGCAUCGUCACCACUCGAACAAAGAACUGAAAAAAUUCGUGAAGCAAUGAAGUUGGUUGAAUCUGAAGUUCUUCAAGAUUCUGUGAUAAAAAAAUUAUGGAUCGAAACUAAAGAUCUUCUUCAGCCUAAAAUGAAUCAAGAAGUUCGGUUGUUUGAACUUGAAUUUGUUCGGAGCAUUGUCAAGGGUCAAUAUCGUCGAUUAGGAAUGUUACGAGCUAUGUUUUUUCAAACCUUACAAGAACAUAACAUUCCUGAAGACGGCUCAGCCGUUAUACAAACAUUUGAAACACUCAGUGACAAUGGAAAAGACGUAGAAUUUUUUGACCAAGAAGUCGGUCCGCUACUUCUUCAUUGGCUUGCAACAAUGAGAGGAAACGUGACGUUACUUUCACUUCUUGUGAAUAUUAUAAAGUAUAAUUCAUCUUACUUGGAUCAAGAGUUUAUAGUUAAAAUUUUGGAAUUGAUUUGUGAUCUUUGUAAUUCUCAAACACCGGAAAAGGAAAAAGAUCUAGGGCUGCAGGUUGUAGAUGCAAUUAUAUGCUACAGCUCCCUUCCACAUGAAUCUCUUUAUUCUGUGACUGUUAUGUUGUGUCGUGUAUUGAAUCUGAAAAAAUUUUGUAACGAGAGUUGGAAGUUGAUGAGAAAACUACUAGGAACUCAUUUAGGACACAACUGCAUCUCAAUCAUGUGUCAUAUCCUUCAGAAUCCAAAGAUGUUACCUGAAUGGCCGCUUUUGCGAAGUGCAGUAUUUUUCAUCGGUAUGGGAUUAUGGGGAUCUGUGAGAGUCAAAUCCUUGAAGCACACUUCACAAUCUGUUCUACCAUCGUUUCAUUGCGCUCUUCAUACCAAGAAUUUGGAACUGGCUUUUGAAGUUACUUUAACUAUCCAGAGAUUAGUACGAAAAUAUGGUCAUGAGUUGCAGGCUGGAACUUGGGAUCACGUUCUGGACAUUGUUAGUUCUCUGUUAGAACUUGUCAAUGAAAAUUCAACAAAAACUCAAAUUCCUGCCAUGAUUUCUCUAAAGAAAGGAACUCAUGAUCUGAUAACUUUUAUUGAACAAUUAAUUGAAACGGAACUCUACGAUGGCCCGAUCGAAAGAUUAUUUUCGAUUACUGAUAGUUGCGCUAAAGAUCGUCCGAAUGAUUCUGUGUUCAUGCUGAUAGCUUAUAAAUCUCAGGCGAUAAAUCCUACGAAACAGAACUGGUUGUCCAGUCUUCUCAUGCUGUUGAAUAAUUAUUAUACGAAAGAAUCAAGAACGCCUGUCAGAUUAAAAACGUUGGAAGUUCUCUACUCUGUCACAGAAUCUUGCAUGGAACUUUAUGAAGAUGAAUUAGUAUCAGAAGUUUUGCUGAAUUGUUUUUCUGACUUGAAUGUUGAAACUGAUUUGAUUGUCAAAACCAAAGCUGUUCAGCUCAUUGUCAACUCUUGUCUUCUUGCCAAUGAAAAAUGUCCAGAACUCUUUGCAUCACUCAGAAAUGUACUAGAUGGUGAUUGGAUACGGAGAGCUAUGAACAGAAAAUCUGAAAAGUCAUCUUCCGACUUCUUAACUGACAUUGAAGAAUUAGUUCUUGGACUUGUCAAAAUUUUUAAAAAGAAAAUGCCAAGAUAUCCAGGUACUCACACAGUUGAAGCGUUUAGCUUACUCACGUUAUAUUUGCAACUUUAUUAUACUUCGGAUAAUAUUGAAAAGAUUUCUAACUGUUUGACAAAAAGUAGAAAGAAGACUUUUGAAUUGGUGCUGUCAUUAAGAGCUAAUGAGAAAAAACAACUUUGCAUGAAAAAUUCUCAAAACUCAGAAGAAGAAAAAUUCAGUUCAUACCUUCUGGGUGGAAUCCUAGUUCCUGAUGAUGAAGUCGCUGGUAUUGGAUAUAUCUCUAUUCAAAAUAUUCUGGAGUGCGUUCUGCUAUGUUUGAAAAAAGAAACCUGGUGGCCUGUGCUCGAAACAGUCUUCAAAGGAUUAUGUGGAUUGCUUCAAAAUAAGUCUAUCAUGAUUGGAAUAACUUCGAAUCAAACUCGAUACGUUCAUUUAGAAGAGUUAACCAUGGCUCUUUGUUCUCUGAUAUCCGAUCAAGAAUUGGCCAAACGUAAAAUACAGAAUCUUCCUACCGAUUUUACAAGAUCGGAUAUUCAAGCUUCUGUUCUUUCAGUAUUAUCUUGUCUCGUCUCGUAUCAUCAAUGGUUAGAAGUUACUCGACAAAGACAAAUUCUGAGGUGUCUCGAAUCUGGAUUAACAUCAAGAUGUGCUCGUCUUUGUGUUAGAUCACUUACUCUUUGUUUAGCGGAGAUGCCCAGGGAUACGUUACUUCGUGUGUUGCCAUCAUUACUCCUUCGAUUGUCACAAAUGUCUGCUACAGUUAUGAUGGCGACUUCAGUACUUGAAUUACUAGCCACCCUGGCACAACUGCCAGGUCUUUAUUGCAAUUUCGUCGAAGAUCAAUAUAUGAGUGUUUUUGCUGUUGCUUUGCAAUAUACGAACCCUUCAAAAUUUUCAAAAUAUGUUGUUUCUCUUGCGCAUUACGUCAUUGGUACAUGGUUUUCAAAAUGUAGAAUGAGUUUUCGACCUGAUUUUGUUUCUUAUAUUACUCGCAAUCUCCACGCUGUCAAUCGUCGUGGCACACAAUCCGAAGAUGGCUCUGUCGACAUAAUCAGAAACAAUUUGAUGGAAACUUGUAUCGAUAUGAUGGCUCGAUACACUUUUUCAAAUUGUUCAGCGCAACCCAGACGUUCUCCACUAGCGAAGUUCCUAUUUGAAAAAGGUGCCACUGCAACUUGGUUGCUAGGCAACAAAUUGAUUACCAUAACGACGAGUCGUGCCAAUAUACCAUCGGAAAAAAUCAAUUCUUCAUCUUUACAUUCGAGUUCAAAUGAUUUACCAUCACGAUGGCCGAAGCCAGCGAGCUCGUUUUUAGAGAGACAACUUUCUUCUGAAGCUCCUGGGAAACUUCAAUCAGCUUCUUUCAGUGUUAUGUCAUCUUCGCCACGUCAAAGACACAAAUCCGGUGGGGCAGUGUUAAGGAGAUCUCAAAAUAUGUCUCCAUUGGAAAUGCGUUCAUCUAAUAACAGUGCAAUAUUUGAAUCUACGAAGAAAAGAAUAAAUUUUAAUUCUGGUGCAUCUGGUGAUCCCAGAUCCUCAGAUAUGCAGUAUUUAUUAACGGAAGGAUGGGCAGAAAUUUAUAUCAGACGUCCUUCAGGAAAUACAGCUUGGUCUAUGAGAAUACAAAAUCAAUUGGAGUCUGUCACUGAAGGCAACAGUGUAGAAGAUGUUUUGAAUCUGCAAUCAUUUCUUGAGGAAAUCAAAUCGAGAGAAAAUAUGCAAAAGGAACAAACGACUCCACUUCAUGAUUCCAGUGUUAUAGCGGAGGAAUCUUUGCAAGAAACUUCUUCAGAAAAUGUACUUUUUCCUGGUGAUUACAUGGAUCUCACCAAUACAACUAGAAAAAGAAGUUCCUCAUCAACUUCAGAUAGAUAUACUGGUAACGAAAAACCAUCUGAAGAUAAAGAAGAAGUAACUAAAACAAAUCACUCUGCAUCUACAUCAUCAUAUCUCUCACAAUCAUCACCGCCUUUAGUUCGUCAUAGAAGCCAUACAGUGUCAUCUUCUAAGGAUUGUGCUGCGGAAGCCGCAGCAGCUAAACGUGCUGCUGAAAGAAAGAGAUCUGACUAUGUUGAUAAUAAAGGUUAUCAUGGAAACACACUUGCCAGCUUAACAGAUUAUAGGACUGAUGGUAAAAGUUUGAGCGGUGAAAAACAAGAAAUGGAAAACGUAACCAAUCGCAGACCUGGAAUAAAUAGUCCAUGCUUUGUAUUCCUACAAUUGUUUCAAUCUGCUGUUUGUACAGAAUCAAUACACAGGCCUAUACUAUUACCUGCUACUCCUGGAAUAGAGCGAGGUAUCCAAGUUCUAGACAGAAUACCUCCUUAUGAUACCUGGUCAACCGGUGUUGUAUAUAUAGGACCUGGGGAGGGAGGUGAUGGAUCAGCAAUACUUAAUAAUCAGUGUGGAUCACCAAGAUAUCAGGAAAUGUUGCAAGGUCUAGGUGAAUUGGUCUGCCUUACCGAGUGUGAUCCUGUGAGCACAUACUUGGGUGGUUUGGAUGAUAAAGGUGAAGAUGGAAAUUAUACUUAUGUUUGGAGAGAGGAUGUUGCUCAAAUGGUUUUUCAUAUAACUACGUUGAUGCCAAAUAAAGCUUCGGAACCAGGUUGUAAAACACGACAUAUUGGAAAUGAUUAUGUGAUCAUUGCUUAUGAUGAUGAUAAUGGAAGGUAUGUUCCAGGUUGUGUAAUACAAGGUCAAUUUCGCUCAGCCGAAGUUGUGAUCAGCCCUUUGGACCAUGGUACUAAUCAUGUACGAUACGUUUUUCACAAAGAAUGUGUGGAAAAGGGAAUCGGUUCUUCUUUAGGACCAUGGCUCGUAUCAGAUCACAGCCUGCCUGUUUUCGUUCGGCAACUUGCGUUACAUGCGAGUAUGGCAGCUUUCGUUUGCCUUGGUGAAGGCCGAGGUGCUGCCGAGUACACGUCUAAAACUUUAGCUAGACUGAAGCAGAUCAAGCGUAUCAGAACAAGGGCAUCUCAAGAGGCCAAUCAGGACACUCCAAAUGUGUCUCCAUCAGCCACACCCAAGCCAACUCGACAGGAUUCAUCAAGAGAAAGUGGGAAGACAACUAAACUUGAAGAAUUUUCUGAUUAUGUGAGAUAGUGCAACAAAUUUAAGUCAGUAUUUACACCACGACUGCGUUAUAUAUAUUUGUAUGGAUGCAAAAUAAAUUUGAUUUGUGAAAUGUAGUUUUA